GUCUUAUCUAUCGAUUGAUCGAACGUUUCGACUUGCAAAAUAAAAUGUCCCCAAUAUCGAGUCUUAUUCUGAUACCAUGACUUCCAAGGAUGUGCUCGUCGGUGUCAUCGGUGGUAGUGGGCUAUACCAUCUUGAUAACCUGACUUUCGUGGAGAAAGUUAACCCAGAGACUCCUUGGGGAUACCCAUCUUCGCCCAUCACCAUUUGUUCGCUACCUUCAGGAUCAAAGAUCGCCUUCCUGGCUCGUCACGGGCAUCACCAUUCAAUUGCGCCUUCAGCAGUCCCUUCUCGCGCUAACAUCGCAGCUUUGAAGUCUUUGGGAGUCCGAGUUAUUCUUGCAUUCAGUGCUGUUGGCUCGCUCCGCGAAGAGAUCGCCCCGGGAUCUUUCGCUAUCCCUACUCAGAUCAUUGAUCGCACCAAGGGCAUACGUCCAGCCAGCUUCUUUGAGGGCCUGAAGAUAGUCGCUCAUGCUGCAUUUGGUGAUCCAUAUAGCGUGAAGUUGGUCCGCUGGCUGGAGGUAAGAGUAGAGAAGGCUCUUGCAGACGAAGGUAGAGGAGUGGCUCUCCAUAAGGACAAGUGCAUCGUUUGCAUGGAAGGUCCUCAGUUCUCCACUAGAGCGGAGAGUAUCAUGUAUCGAGCAUGGGGUGGGGAUCUUAUCAACAUGAGCGCUUUGCCUGAGGCCAAGUUAGCUCGUGAGGCAGAACUGAGCUAUGCCUUAAUCGCAACUGCCACAGACUAUGAUUCAUGGCGUCCCCAUUCGGAGGCAGUCACUGCCGCGGAAGUAUUCAAGACCCUGCAGGAUAAUGCUAAUACAUCGAGGCACGUUGCAGCUGCUGUUCUUGAAGACCUUCACGCUGCCGCGUUAGAUGGAGACAUUCUGACUGAAGACAAGGGCAGUAUGCGUUUCUCUAUCAUGCCAAGAGUUGGCGAACAAGACCAGGAGGAUAUCAAGAAGCUGGCCUUCAUACUACCUGACUACUUCACGCCAGACAAUGUUGCUAACUAGAUGCUAUCAUCUGAGUGUUGGUUUAAAGUGGUGAAUUCACCCACGAUCUGGGUUUUCGUCGAUACCAUAGCUCUUCUUUGAAAAAUCAAUCAUUUCACCGCUUGGCCGCAAUCCGACUCGUGGGAAAAGCUCUUGUCUGGUGACAUAGCAUAUGAUACAGGUUUGAAUGUAGAUGUGAAGUGGGGGAGACUACUAUGUACAUA